AUGCACGGCCAGCAAUAUUGUUUGUUGUUUUAUGCUGAUGAAAACGUAGAGCGAUGGCAGAGCGAAUUUGACGAUUGUUUGUAUUACUAUGUAGAAGAUCGCAGAGAUACGACGGUGAAUGCGAGAUUGAAAAGACGGAACUCUCGACUUUUAGAUAUUCCAUAUAACAAAGAAUUGCAGCAGUCCAAUUUGGACAGCAUCAAACACCGUGCCAGAUCACUAGCCAAAGCGCCCCGUCACAUGAAAUAUUUUUUGAUUUCAGAUUUUUCAAAUAUUGAAUCAUCGUUUGAUUUGCUAUACAACAGUGAUGAUUCCAAAAACAAAGAAGUGAGUAAUUUUCCAGAAGAAGCAGUUAUUGGACCAACAAUUGAACACCAAUGUAGGUUUUGUAAAUACAACAUGGCAGCGUACUACACAAGACAGAUGAGAUCUGCUGAUGAAGGUCAAACAGUUUUCUACACAUGUCUCAAUUGCAGGUUGUUUUAG